CAACUAUCUGUCAGUAACACAUAAACAAAACGGAACGUUAUUAUUUACACCACAGCAAAGCAAGUGUCGAUAAUUUCGACAAAAUCUUUUAAAUUAUAAGAACAAAUGUACAGAAACUAAUCCAUUCGCAAUUUUAAACCUACGGGACAAAUUAAUUUAUAUUCCAGCGAAGUGGGCGCUAUUAGCUUUUAAGAAAAUCCAAGAUGAGGAUGAGAAACCUCGACGUGAGCAACAGCAGCACGGACAGCAGCUCGGGCUCGUCGUCGGACUCGAGCUCGAGCGGCUCGUCGUCGUCCACGUCGGGCUCGGCCUCCAGCAGCUCCGACUCCGACUCCUCGGCCUCCGACCACCCCCCCGCCGCGCCCGCGCCCGUCCCCCCCGCUGCACCUGCCCCCGCGCCCGCCCCCGUCGCCGCCGCCGCGCCACCCGCACCAGCCUCGCCACCAAAAUCACCAGCCAAACAAAACAACACUGAAGAGACACCUACAGCCAACAAAAAUAAAGAGGAUCAUCAACGAAAGAAUGGCAGACGAUCAUCGUCAUCAGUUGUCAACAAAAUCCUAUCCUCCAGUGAGGAUGAAGCCCCUAAACCUGUACCUGCCAAAACGGCUCCUCCCCGCAGACGAUCAUCAGCAAAACCAAAAGCUACAGCCACAGUUGCAACUAAACAUGGCAAACCCGCCCCACGGACCCCUGCUUCAGAUAACAAGGCUAAAGUUCCAGCUAAAGCCACUGCCAAUUCAAAAAAUUCACAAAAAGACACCCUGAAGAAAAAGAGUAUAUUUUCACCUGAUAAUAGUUCUGAAUCUGAGCCUGAAAGUACCACCAUAAACAACAACAAAUCUCCAGUUCAGACACCAAAAGUUACUCCCCCUCCGACAAGAGGGAAAGGUCGACCUCGCAAGUCUAGUAGAGACAAUAAGGAGAAUAAGGAAAAGAAUGCAGUUGUGAAAACUGAAGAAAAAGCAAAAGAAACAAACAACAAACGAAUGAGGAGUAGCAGUGGCACUGCAAAUGGCCCUCCAGCUAAAAAGAUAGGUAACGGCAAGCAGAGUGCAUCAUCAUGCACUUCCAGUCAGUCUUCCGCAGAUUCCUCCGGCAGUGAUACUGAGCCGGAGACACCAAAGAAGCCAGAACUAAGGACUGGUAAAACAAAGCCUGCAUCAGCAAACAGUAAAAUGAAUAUUACUCCAAUUAAGUCGGAAACAGCAAGUAAAGGCGACGGCCUAGACGCGGUAGCAGUGAUGCCUCGCAAGCUGACUCGCUCACUCUCAGCGCGAGUAUCGCGCCUCGCCACCAUCUCCCGUCCCGCUCACACCGACACCGACUCAGAGGCUGACGAGAAACAACACAAUGGAAUCAAAAACACAAGUAAAGAGAAGAAAGGACGUAAACCUCCUUCGAAAGUAUCACCGGUGCCAGUACUGGAGCUGCCCGACCCCAACCAGCCCUACGUGCGGCGCUGCCCGGUGCGGGGAUGCGAUUCUGAAGGACAUCUUGGUGGCAAAGCCGACGCCCACUUCACGUGGGACGCGUGUCCCGUGUACCACAACGUGACCCCGACCUGGUGCGUGGCGGCGAGCGAGGAGCGGUCGGCGGCGGCGGCGGCGCGCCGGCGCGCGGUGUUGGCCAUGCAGCAGCGGCCGCGGUCACAGCCCACUAUAGAGCAGCGGGCGUAUCAGCUUAAAGUUAAGGACAUGCGUUCAAAGUGGAAAGGCAGCCAAGAGCUGCGCGAGAAGCUGGCCGCCGCCGGGACAUCAGCCGAGGAGUUGACAGAGGAACGGGAGCCGGUGCUGGACGGGUUCGUGCCGGACUACGACCUGCGGCUGUUCAGGGAGGCGCAGGCACUGGCGGCCAUUAAGAUCGAGGAGGAGCUGGGAGAGAUACCCUCGGAUAGGGGGACGAGAUACGUGGUAAUGGGCAAGUACAUGAUGGAAGUGUGGUACCAGUCUCCGUACCCAGGCGACGCGGCGCGGGUCCCGCGGCUGUUCGUGUGCGAGUUCUGUCUCAACCACCAGAAGAGCCAGAGCGGCGCGAACAGGCAUAAGGGCAAGUGCGUGUGGAGGCAUCCGCCGGGUGAUGAGGUGUACCGCAAGAACUCUCUCAGCGUGUGGCAAGUGGACGGCCGGAAACACAAGCAGUACUGCCAACAGCUGUGUUUACUAGCCAAGUUCUUCCUCGACCACAAGACGUUGUACUACGACGUGGAGCCGUUCCUGUUCUACGUGAUGACUGUCGCCGACGAGCACGGCUGCCAUGUAGUGGGGUACUUCAGUAAGGAAAAGAACUCGUUCCUGAACUACAACGUGUCGUGUAUACUGACGCUGCCGCCGUACCAGAGGCAGGGCUACGGCCGGCUGCUUAUAGACUUCAGUUACCUGCUGACGAAGGUGGAGGGCAAGGUGGGCUCGCCGGAGACGCCGCUGUCGGACCUGGGGCUGAUCUCGUACCGCUCGUACUGGAAGGAGGCGCUGCUGCGGCGGCUGUGCUCGGCGCCGGGGCCCGCGCUGUGCAUCCGCGACCUCAGCAAGGACCUGGCCAUCGCCUCCUGCGACAUCGUCUCCACGCUGCAGGAGCGCGGCCUCAUGAAGUACUGGAAGGGAAAGCACAUCGUGCUCAAGAAGCAGGAGGUGCUAGAAGAAGUAUCCCGGCGCGCGGAGCGAGCGCGCUGCGUGGACGCCGCCAGCCUGCGUUGGACGCCGCCGGCCGCGCCGCCGCCGCGCUGACGCCGCGCCCCCGCCGCGCGCGCGCUGCGCCUGCGAGCCCGACCCGCCAGCCGGGGCGCGCGUGCGCUGCUAUAGCCGACGGCGGCCGCGGCGUAAACCUGUAUGUCUUUAUACAACUAUUUGUGACUUGUGAACAAGUGCAUACAGGACAAAGACUUUGUAGAACUAUUUGUGACUUCCCAGUGCAUACAGGAUGUAAUUGAACUUUCGGUUUAUGGAAAACCUGCCUACAUGGUUAAUGUUUUUUGUAUAGGACAAUUUGUGACGUAUUCCACAGUGCAUAAAGGAACUUUAAGUGUAUGCAAUUAGAAAAAACAAGAGAACUUUUUGUGUAUGUGGCCAGUUGAUCAGAACAGGAGGAAGACAAGACCUAAUAUGAGUUUUAUUCCCAGUGGUAUAUCGAUUAUCCCGUUAAUUAAUGAAACUUAUAUGUAAUUAGAUCAUACUGUUUUUAUAUUUAACGGUAACGGAACAUUAGAAUGUUUCUGAUCUGUGUGGAGUUUGGAUCUGGACCUGUAAUUUCAGUGCAUACUGUUUUUGUGUACUUUGUAGAGAAUAUUGUUUAUAAUAAUGUAGAAAGUAUAGCCUAAGCCCUAAGCCCUUGAGACAGUACCUCGUUAUAAAUAAAAUUUAGUAAUUCAGGCCCAGUUAUUGUAACACUAGAAAUUGUGUAAGUAAUAUUUGGAUUACAUUUAUGGUUAUCAUAUCAUAGAACAUGUACAAAAGAUAUAUGUAUAGGUACGCUACGAUUGGAUGUAAAUUCUUCGAAGGAUGAAAGUUUACGUCGAUUUAGGUAAAAUAAAGUAUUUUAAAAAAAACAUAAUUGUAGUGUGAAAGUCUAAACGCCUACGUACUAAAACACUACGGGCGUGAAAUCUAUGUCAUGAUUUUAUUUAUUUAUCACUGAUUAGGUGUUUUGGACUAUAUUUUAUUUGUUUAUACCUAUAGACAAAUACUUUUAAAUUUUUACUGAUCAAUCUAAUCAUUGAGUUAAUUCCAAUAACAUUUUGUUAACAAAGAUUAAAAAUACGAAUUACCUAAUUACGAAGGUACUUAAAUAACUUAUUACUAUUUAUAAAUUAUUCGCUAGAAUACUGACGAUGAAUAUAUUAAAAUAUGAAAAACCGAUUCGAUUAAUAUACCGAUUUAUUAUUUGUUAAUUAAUGACACUGUAUAAAGUAAAAAAAAAACAUGUCGCAAAUGCACAUGAAAUCAUAAAUUUACAGUCAAUCGUUGUUCUUAUGACUAACUUUAAAUUGUUUAUCAAUAAUUACUAAACCACAUUUUAAAAACUUCAUAUAAGUACCUAAAAUAAAUAACAGAAGAUGUUCUUAGAUGGAGAGAGAGAUCUAAUGUGAUAGGUCGUAUUGGGCAGUCAGUUAUCAGAUUUCGGCUUUUCAUAUCUGCCGGUAUACCGAUUCACAGGUGGAGACAGCUAUCAGAUAAAUUAUAUCUUUCUCGUGUGAUCUCAGCUGGCUAGAUGAGGAAGACCGAGACUGCAGUGUUCUGGGGUCUUUGGAAGAGACCUAUGUCCUGUAGAAUUUUAUAAAAUCCAAUGACAUUACCAUUUGUCUCCUUUUUCUUUGAUUUAUUAAUUUUUGACGUGGGACUUAGACAAAAUGUAUAGAGAUUAGGUAAUAUAAAUUAAGUUAUGUAGUUAGUUGAAGUUAGCGAAUAUUCCAUGUAAGUAAACGGUUGUAAUAGGUUUUCUAUGUUCAACGUUAUUGAUGAAUGGGUAAUAACCUGAUUUGUACAUAGGAAUGUAUUUGGUAAGUUUUAGACUUUUUAGGCUAUGAAUUAUGUGUUUUCUACUAUCGAGAUAUGUGUACCUACGUAAGAACGUAUAGUUUAAAUUACUUAUAUAUAAAAAUAUUCUACUUCAUUAUUUAUAAAAAUAUUUUCCGACUCUGGGGCAAGAAUACAAAAUUUUAUAAGUAUUAUAAUUUAGUGUUGUCAUUAUUUUGGUGUAAAUUUUACAUGAGGGUUGUAGGUAUACUUCCAGUAUCGAUAAAUAAUCACGAAUUGUAUAGUGACAGGCAAACACUUUUUUAAUUAUGAUGAAACGGUAUCUGAAAUAGGUACACGGAUCAUUGAAUAAAUAUUUCAGUUGCAAUAAAAUAAUCUCUUAAUGAUAUUAGCAAAUACUAUAUUAUAAUUACAACACUGUUUUGUUUUACUAUACCGAUUGAUUUAGAAUGUAAACGCAAG